AAACUAUUCUGGGAGAUUGGGGACAAAGACGAGUACAAGGCCAAAGGUGAAGUACUGCAGCCUACCUGGUACAACCUUUUGGAAAACCCUGAACGCUUCACAGGCUACAUAGGCGACUCGGCUGCAAAGGUAUGCACAUACGCUUACUAA